AUGGACUCUGGAGGAGCCCCCUACUUGACGGUGGGGGACGGAUGUGAGCGCCAAGUGACCUUUAAACCAGACCUGUCCACAGCCGAGGUCCACGACGACAGCAUCAAGGGACCUCUGAAGGUCGGCGCUGUUGUCGAGGUGAAGAAUCAGGAUGGAGUUUAUCAGGAGGCGACGAUCAAUAAGCUGACAGAUGCCAGUAUAUAUACAGUUGUGUUCGACGACGGCGAUGAGAAAACGCUGAGGCGUUCGUCUCUGUGUCUGAAAGGAGCUCGACACUUCGCAGAGAGUGAAACCCUGGACCGACUCCCCCUCACCAACCCUGAACACUUUGGAACGCCGGUCAUCGGGAAGAAAGGCAACCGCGGCCAGCGCUCCAACCCCAUUCAAGAGGAGGAGCUGUCGGCAUCGUCCAGCGAAGAAGAUGACGGCGACCAGCGGCAGAACGAGGACCUGUUCGGUAAAGUCGUCUGCGUGACGCCGUCGCUGCGGGAGACAAGAAGAAGACCACAUGGUACCCCGGCACUGGUCAUCUCCCCCGACUGCCACGACGAUGUCAACAUAAAGAAGGACACCGUCUUCAUCCGAUCUUUCAAGGAUGGAAAAUUUUCCAUGGUUUUGCGGAAGGACAUCCGUGAGCUGAACAGUGACUGUCCUCCUAAAGCCGACGCCAGCCUCAAACCAGCUCUGGAUGCAGCGUUGGAGUUCCAGCAGCGGAUGAUGGUUCCUGGAAACUGGAAGACGGAGGUGAAGGAGGAGAGCUCCAGCAGCGAGGAAGAGGAGGAGGACGACGAGGAGGAGCAGGAGGAGGACGGAGGCGGCGAAGAGGAGGAGGAGGAGGUGGAGCCGUUUCCAGAGGAGAGGGAGAACUUUCUACAGCAGCUUUAUAAGUUCAUGGAGGACAGAGGGACUCCCAUCAACAAGCGGCCCGUGCUCGGUUACAGAAACCUCAACCUGUUCAAACUCUACAGACUAGUGCACAAACUGGGAGGGUUCGACAAUAUUGAAAGCGGCGCGGUGUGGAAGCAGGUGUACCAGGAUCUGGGAAUCCCCAUUCUCAACUCUGCUGCCGGUUACAACGUCAAAUGUGCUUAUCGCAAGUACUUGUACGGUUUUGAAGAGUACUGCACCUCCACCGCCAUCACCUUCAGGAUGGACCUCCCUCUGAAACAGGCGCCUAAGGGGGAGGUGAAGCCCAAUGCCGAGGCUGGAGGCACCGGGGCCACAUCUGGGCCGGAGGAGAAGAAGGUCCAGGUGGACGUGGAGCCGAGUCCGGCGCCGUCCACAGUCUGCAAGGAGGAGAAACCUGACGUUAUGCACAGCAAAACAGAGACUGAAUUGCCAAAACCCGAAGAAAAGGAAACGGGAAACGACAACGAGGAUGAAGAAGAGGAGGAGGAAGAGGAUGGCCCCCAUAAGGCGGACGCCGACGAAGGCUCGUCGACAGCUCGACUCGGUGCCGAGAACCUGAAGCAGGAGACCGAGGAGGAGCCGGAGAGCAAGGGGAACUCUGGGGAUGACAGCAGUCAGGAGGGGGAGGAAGGGGAAGAGUUUGAGUGUUACCCCCCGGGGAUGAAGGUGCAGGUGAGGUAUGGGCGAGGCCGCAAUCUGAAGACGUACGAGGCCACUGUGAAAGAGGCAGACGUGGAGGGGGGAGAGGUGCUCUACCUGGUGCACUACUGUGGCUGGAACGUCAGAUACGACGAGUGGAUCAAAGCAGACAAGAUCGUCCGUCCGGCGAAUAAGAACGUACCAAAAAUAAAGCAUCGCAAAAAAAUAAAGAACAAAGCGGAGAGGGAGCGCGAGCGGUUGGACAGACUCAACGACCGGGACGUCCUCAGCCCGCCAUCCAACGCCAACCGCGUCCCACGCUCCAAGUGCGGCCUGAGUCAGGAUGUGUUUUCCAAGAUGGACGAGGGUGAGGACAAAGGGACUGAGUCUCCAGUCAAGUCUAUAGAAAUUACCUCUAUCCUCAAUGGACUGCAAGCAUCUGAAAUGUCCACAGAUGAAAGCGAACAUGAGGAUGAGGAUGGAGACCAGAACGAUGAAGACCGCCCUGGCGCCCGCCUCCGGAAACCUCCCACAGAUCCUCCCCUGGCGUCAGAGCGCUGGGACGGCGGGCCUUCCCCAGAAGCCACCAAACCCCCCCCAGCCUCCGGAAAGAACCAGGAGCCGGUGAGCUCGGACAAUGCCGACGCCACGGCGAAACGCAAAAGCCAAACUGAGGCGGAGUCAGAGGCCGGAGUGAGGAAGAGGAAGUCUGAGGGUGCGGUGGAGCGGAUGGCAAAGGGUCCGCCCAAGGCCAAGGCCCGCAACACCAGGAGCGCAGACUGGCUACCCGGAGGGUCGCCAAGGAAACAGGAGGAAAGAGGGGGCGGAGCCGGAGAGGAGAGCAGGGCGUCGUCCAGCAGCAGCUCCGACGAGGAGGGGGCGGCGCUCACGGAGGCGCAACCCGAAGACGGUGAACGCAGCCGCCCAAAAACCAAAGGCGCCCCCUCCAAGAAGUACAACGGCAUGAAGGAGAAGAGCAAAGCGGCCCGACAGGGGGGCUUCUGGGAAAUCCCAGAGAAGAGGGCGAAGGCGGCGGGCAACGGUGAGGAGCGGCCCGCCGUGCGCACCAAAGGCCAAAAGGACGUGUGGUCCAGCAUCCAGGCCCAGUGGCCCAAAAAGACUCUGAAGGAGCUGUUCUCCGACUCGGACACUGAGGCGGCCAACUCGCCACCUCCCCCUGUCCCCUCGUGUCUGGAGGAGCCCGGCAUGGAAGUGGACGCCGGCCCGGAGGACGCAGCGUCCGAGGAGCCGCCGGACAACGACAAACUGCAGGAGUUUCCCAGCAGUGGCAGCGACUCGGUCCUGAACACGCCCCCCACUACACCCGAGUCCCCGUUGGGAGGGGGCAGCGCCGUGGAGGACGCGGGCCCACCGCAGCCGCCGUCACCACCCCCCUCCACACCCCCGGCCCCGCCCCCCUCAGAGCCACCGUCCGCCGCCCUCCCCCCGGGGCCCGUCCCCGAGGAGGUGGCGGGCGGACGCAGCGAGACGGACAGCAGCACGGUGGAGGUGGAGAGUCUGGGGGGGGAGCUGCAGGACCUCCCCCAGGACGAGGGGGCGGGGUCACCCUCCAAGGCCUUCGACGUUAGCCUAUCCUGUAACAGCAGCAGCAACUGCAGCCUGGAGCUGAGCGGCGGCGGCGGAGGCCAACAGGACGGCGAGCACAAAUCCAAAGCAUCAGUGACUCAGAAGCGUCAGAAAGAAUCCCAGGCAGGCGGAGCCUCAAAGAAACACAAGCCAAACCGCAAGAGCCUUGGUGUGCCUCCCAAAAAGAACAGGAAAACAGCCAACAGCAGUGACAGCGAGGACCAAUCAGUCGUCGAAGGCACUGCCAAACCCACUGCCUCCAAAAACCUGCCGCCACCGCCGCCCGACAUGAAGGCGGCGACUUCGCCCAAGUGUCCGCGGCGAUCUCCGCCCUCCAGCCAUAAGUACCACAAACAGGGUGACGCCGACCACGCCCAGCACCGGGAGAACCAUGGGCGGUCGCCGCGGGUCUACAAGUGGAGCUUUCAGAUGUCUGAUCUGGAGAAGAUGAACAGUCUGGAGAGGAUCUCGUUUCUCCAGGAGAAGCUGCAGGACAUCAGAAACCACUACCUCUCCCUCAAGUCGGAGGUGGCGUCCAUCGACCGGCGGCGGAAACGCAUGAAGAAGAAGGAGCGCGAAAGCACCGUGGCCGCCUCCUCCUCCUCGUCCUCCUCCUCUUCCUCGUCCUCCUCCUCUUCCUCGCCCUCCUCCUCCUCGCUGACGGCAGCGGUCAUGCUGACGCUGGCCGACCCUCCGGUGUCGUCCUCGUCCUCGUCUCAGACCUCGGGAGUGUCGGUGGAAUGCAGGUGACAGGACGCGGCAGCGAGAAGCCCCCGCACCAAGCACUUAACCAGCAGGGAGGGGUCGGCCGGCCACGCCCCGGCCACGCCCCUGCCCCGGCCCCGCCCACCACCACGGACAGGUCAUCCGACAGACUGUAACUACUGGGCACAAAAACCAGACCAGAGACAAAAAAUACAAACAAGCACUAUUUUCUAUCGACAACUGUUUCCUUGGCAAGCUAAUGGCACUUAAGUGCACUUUUAUGAAGAUUGUGUCCGCGACGAAAUUUAUCAAAAAAA